AUGGCACUGAACACGCAGAUCCGGGCCAUCUGCCUCCUGCUUCUCCUGGUCAGCCUGACCAGUGGCUUCAUUCUCCCACCCCAGACGAGACAGCUCGCAGACGUCCAGACCCAGGACACAGCAGGAGCCGCAGCUGGCUUGACGCCCGUGUUCCAGAGGCUGAGACGAGACACCCACUUCCCCAUCUGCACAUUCUGCUGUGGCUGCUGUGGUAAAGCAACGUGUGGGUUGUGCUGCAGAACAUAG